AUCACCAUGACGGUCUUCUCCCUAAUCAUCAUCAACAAAGCCGGAGGUUUAAUCUACCAGCGCGAAUUCCAACCGGGCCUCCGCAAGCUCUCGACAAACGACUACCUCGUUCUCGCCGGAACCUUUCACGGCGUCCACGCCAUCACCCGCACCAUCACCCCCAAACUCCCCCUCCUCACCCCAACCGCAACAGCCUCCACCCCGACCAGCGCCUCCUCCAACCUCGCCUCCCCCUCGGGCACCUCCACCCCGAUCCCGCCCACGACGACGACGACGACGACGACAACGACAACAACGACAUCCGUCGCCGCGACCACAUACACAUACCCGAUCCCCGGCGUCCCCGCGACGGGGCUGGAGUCCCUCGAGACGGACAAGUUCCGGCUGACGUGCUUCCAGACGCUGACGGGCACCAAGUUCCUCCUCUUCACGGACCCGCACAUGGCCAACAUCGAGGUGGUGAUGAAGAAGAUCUACGAGUUCUACGCCGACUUCGUCAUGAAGAAUCCCUUCUAUCAGUUGGAGAUGCCGGUGCGGUGCGAGGCGUUUGAUCGGAACUUGAACGGGUGGUUGCGCGGGAGGACGUGAGGGGUUUCUUUACUUCCCUUGUUGUGUUAUGACAUGGACAAGCGGAAAAGAUUGGAUUCCUUGUUGUUGGCGUGGUCCAAUGUUGAAUUUGGGGCGACGGGCACUCUUAAUGAUUGUACUGGUGUAUCAUGUUUCUUUUACUUUUCUUCUUUCGCGGGAGGCGUUCGUCCAUCAAUUCUUUUUUCUUUUUCUUUCUUUAUAUAUGCGUCGCGGUUCUCUCCGGCAUAGAACUACGAUCAUGAUGAUAUAGAAUUCCCAUAGAGAUACCGC